UUUAUCGAUUUUGUGGCAUUGUGUCUGACAUCGCUAUGACAUCUAAUUGCAAUUACAGAUUUUAUUAAUCAAAGCAAAUUUGAUGCAAAAAAAUAGUUUUAGCGUUGAAAAAUUGUGAAAAAGUUUUCGUUUACAUAAGCAGCGCUCCUCAAAAUGUCAAGUCUCGAUAUAUACGAUGAUACAGAAAAUAUUAUAAGCAGUGAUGAGUACAGCGAAGAGGAUGACGACGAUCUAAUGAACGCUGCUAUUAGUUCACAGCAUAAUGGCAAGCCGAGGAACGCUGAACGUUCUUACAACAGACCACCAUCAAGGAAGUCUAAUAAAAGGGAACGAAGACUGCCUUUUAGAAGAAAAUUAUGCAGUAAAUACAAGACCAGAUCACUGAAAUGGCUUCAUGGCAAGGCGAAACGCGAAAAGAGUAAAGAGUAUUUGCUAUGCUUGAGAAAAAAGGAAGCGCCUGUACAGGAAUCUCACAGGCGUGAAAAGGAAGUUAAAGUUGCUAAUACCUGCAAAGAAGAUAAAUUGAGUAAAAAUUUAUCAGAAACCAUAGAUUUAGACGAAUCUGAUGUGGAAUAUAGCUCGCCGAUUAAGAGUAAAGAAGAAAAUAGAGAAAUAUACGAAGAAGAUAUUGAAGACACAGCUAAUGAUGUGAAGGUAGAAAUGCUGGCGGAGGUGGUUGUAAAGCCCAAGGAAGUGGUAGGAAAGCCGAAGGAGGUAGUUGGACAGCCCAAGGAGGUAGUUGAAAAAACAAAGGAGGUGCUUGAAAAGCCAGCUGAAGUGGUUAAAGGGCGAAUAGAAUUGUUAGAAAAACAAAUUGAGGAGUUCAAAAAGCCAGAUUUGGAGGAGAUCAAAACCGAAUCAAUAAACAAAAAUUCUCAAAAAAGGGCGCGUUCCCCAACCCCUGACCUAGAAACAAAUUUCAACGAAAAUAAGAAACACCAACCGGAACGGCCAACUUCGUCACAAUUAUACAGACAAAUCAAUGAAAUGUUUCCCAAACACGAUGAAGUUAUUGGAAAUCAUGUAAAACAUAACAGUACCACAUUAGAUGCAGUAGAUGAAAAUAUGGAACGACUAAUGUUGGACAUUCAAACACUGAAUGAGAUUUUGCAAGCAAAAGAAACAGAAUGGAAUCGCUUGUUGAAUUUGAAAAGAGUUAAAGAAGAGAUGUUGGGAAGAUUAUCGCGUGCUAAGCAGAUAAUUGGCAUAAAAGAGCGUAAAUUCGAUGAAUAUAAAUAUAGCUUGCAAGCACUUAAAGAAUUGGAAACAUAUUUGUCGGAGUCGCAAUCGCCAUCAACAACUUCGGUCAAUAUAGGGCUUUCCACCACGCACCAGCUAAUUGAAAGUCGUGCUAGUAUGAAGACAGAAGAAUUGCAAAAGGAACGCAACAAUACAAAUCGUUUACAAAACAUUUUAAUAUCCAGCAACAUUCUACAGCGCGCUGAAGCCUCAAAUUAUGAAAUGGAUGAUGUCAAAAGCGAUUCGCCACCCCUUCACCACACAGCAUUUAAUGAUGAUAGCCCAGAGCUGCAAAAAUAUCAGUAUUUGGAACAAAAAAUCAAAUCAAGAGUAGGUAGACAGGGGCAAUUUAUAGACGUAAAGAGCAUGGUUGCUGAUUUUCGGCAACAAAAUCCCGUUGUUUUUCCACGCGUCGGAAAGCGUAUUAAAGCAAGCGAUGCUGGUUACAGUGUGAGAGCGCUUAGUACGCCACCAAAUUGUGUUGAUGCGAAUAGUAUGUUUAUGGAAACAUCAUAUAAUGGCAAUGGAUCCAAUUAUACACCAACAUUGGAGAAAUUGCUUAGUAAAUCAUCUCGAAAUAAUAGCUCGUUACAUGUUAAGCCCAGUGCGCCAAUUACACAAGGAUUUAAAUUUAACACAGAUAGCCAAAAAAGUUACUACCGUCUACAAAGUGAUGGCGGUUGCAAUGAAAUUUCCAUCACGCCAGUGAACUGUGUAAAUCGCUAUCCACAAAGAAUACAAAAUACAAAAGCAGGACUACUUCGAACGGCACUGGAUGUGAAUUCUCCAUCCAACACAUACUACGAUAUAUCCGAUUAUGUAAAAUCCACUCCACAUAAAUCAAUGCGCGACGUGCACAACAAUGAUCAUCAUCUACAAUUGUGUCAAGAGUGCAAAAUGCAUGAAGCACGCUUUGUAUGCGCCGGUUGUGGCAAUCAAUGGUAUUGUAGUAGGGAGUGUCAGGUUAAUGCUUGGGAUAACCAUUCAGAAGUCUGCAGCGAGUGAAGAUUAGAAAAAAAACAAAAAAAAGCAAUUAAAAGUAACUGCUUUUGACGCUGUAAACGUUUAUGUGUUUUUUCAUAAAAUAUUAUACUAAAUACACUUGUAUGUCUUUAGAUUGUAGAUUUUCAGCAUAUUUCCUAAAGUUUUCAUAACUUAUGGCAUCUUAUUACUAAAAAAUGAACAAAAUUCAAUAAACAUAAACCACAUAGCAUUA